CCACAACACCAAGUAGCGCACCUCCCAACGCGGAUGACGGCUAACAUUAGAACGCAUUCCUAAUUAUAUCCGAGCGCACAACGGAAGAAGCCCCGAGCCGAUCCCAUCGACGAUUCACGCUCUUCCUCCCCCGUCUCCUUCUAGGAGAAUUCCAUGCGAGAAGAUGGGGGAUCAUGUAGUAUUGAGCCUUGAUCUGCUGAGGAAGCCUCGAAAGGUUAACACGAUCAGAGGGGGAGAGGAUUCUGCCCCUAACUUUUCUUCCGCCCUGGUGAGUGGGUCGGGCGGGGAAGGGGAAAACUUGAUUGGUGAUGAAGAGGAGCCACUGAUUCAGUCGGUGGACUGCCGUAUAUGCCAAGAGGAGGAUCACGUGGAGAACUUGGAGGUCCCUUGCGCUUGCAAUGGCAGUCUGAAGUAUGCUCAUAGGGCAUGUAUCCAACGUUGGUGCAAUGAGAAGGGUGAUACAACCUGUGAAAUCUGUCAUGAGCAAUAUAAACCUGGUUAUACCACUCCUCCACGAAUUCAUUUUGAUGACACCACAAUUGACAUCAAUUGGUUAAUUACAGGUUCUGCAUUGGAUUUGCAUGAUCGUCACGUAUUGACAAUGAGAGCAGCACACCACCACCUUGUUGAAGGUGACUAUGAUGGAUAUGCUUCAAAUGACAGUGGUGCUGUAUUUUGCCGCUCUGUUACUUUAAUAUUAAUGGCUCUCUUGUUGUUGAGGCAUGCAUUGAUCAUUAAUAACGCUGAUGGCAAUGAGGAUGACAGCGAUGUCGAAGAUGCUUCUGCAUACUUUUCACUUUUUUUGCUACGUGCCCUGGGAUUUCUGUUACCAUGCUACUUUAUGGCGUGGAUCAUAACGAUCAUGCAACGGCAAAGGGAAAGGCAGGAAGCAGCUGGCUUAGCAGCAAGUGGAGUGGCACUCAUUCUGCAGUCUGGUCGACAUAGGGGCAGCUUGCCCAUCACAUUAGCACCAGAUUCACCAUCCACUCCCCAACAAGAGCCACCGCAACCGUAGCUAUCUCAAGUGUGAGAAUCAUUCUGUUAGACUCGAGUUGGUUCUCAAAUGAACUAUAGUCCGUAUUUAGUGACAGGUUCGAGCCACAAGUCGAGACUGUAUUUGAAUCUGUUCCGUGCAUUUGAAGAUUUCACUUGCAGCUAUUCCUUUGUUUGGGCAUAUCUUGGCAUUCAGUUUAGCUGUUCACAACAAUGUAAUUGUAUUGGAAUGAAAUGUAUGUUCAAUGUGUGAUAUAUCAAAAGAAAUAUUUGUUAGCUCUUGCAUUGUUAUGUGGGUUAAAAGAACUGUGUUUAUUGGAUGAAUUGGAAGCAAUGGCUUAUAUUAAUUAAGAGAGGCAAAUCAAA